AUGUUGACCCUCCGGUCUUUGGCCCUGCUCUCGGCAGCCAGCGGCCUCGCCCUCGCUCUGGACAUUGGCACCCUGGACCCUUGUGCUCACAACUGUCUCCUGACAGCCCCAACUUAUGACUGCCCAGCAUCCCAAUAUGCCUGCUUGUGCCCCAAGGUUGACUGGGGAAUUGCUAUCAAAAACUGCGUGCGGGAUUCAGGAGCAUGCGCUGCCGACUAUGAACCCGCGCUUAUGACAGCGCUCAGUGCCGGCUGCUCAGCUGUCGGUGCGCCUUUCCCUGCUGGAGACAUUCCCGCCGACCCUCCUGCCGAGACUCCAGCUCCCGAGCCCACGCCAGCCGAGCCAACGACCGACGUGCCUGCUGCUGCCGAGCCCACCUCCACAGAAACCCCUACAGAAAAUCCGGAUGGAGAGGCGACAUCGACUGCUGUUGAGUCCAGCCCAACCGCCGAAUCCACAGCCGAGGUCACCAGCACUCCUACCGAAGCCCCCAGCAAGUCGUCUUCUGCAGGCGAAGCGGAAGAGACUAGCGAAACCCCCGAGGACGAAGGUGCGCCUGCCGGUCUCCCCGAAGCCGCCAAGAUUGGCAUUGGUGUCGGUGUCGGCGCCGCUGUUCUCGCCCUCAUCGGAGUGGGAGUUUGCAUCUUCCUCCGCAACCGCCACGUUGACAAGAAGUCAAACGACUCCGCCGGAGCUGACCGAUACAAGAUUUCGCCUCCGAUGCCGAGCCGGGAGCAGAACCCUUACAACCACGGCAACAACAGCUCCGACUACGACAUUGGCGCCAACGAGCUGGAGAUUAAGAGCUAUCGGUAUGAUGACAUGACGGAGGGGAAGCAGCCCAAGCCAAUGGAACCAAGACAAAUGGUGUAA